AAUCAAUCAAGUGGACAUCCCAACACCGAUCUGCCGUUCAUCUCCACCCCCACCCAGAAUGGAUUACCAAAGAAUCGUCAUUGUUGGCAAACCCGGCUCCGGAAAGACAACACUCAGUACCCGACUGGACCCAGCUCAACGCACCCAUGAUGCGACAACGCGUUGCCGAUGCUCUCCCCGUUAACGGCCACUGGAUCGCCGAUGGCAACUACAAAGUUGUCCGGGAGAUAGCCUGGGGCCGAGCCGACACGCUGAUAUGGCUUGAUUACGGCCUGCUGUUCACAUUGUGGAGGUUAUUCUGCCGCACCCUUGGCCGCAUUGUCUUUCGGAGGAAACUAUGGAAUGGGAAUCGGGAGACGCUUGCAAAGCAGUUUACGUUGGAUAAGGAUGAGAACCUUUUCUUGUACAUGAUUGGGACGCAUUCGAAGCAGAGGGAGGAAUUUCCUGCGGCCCUGAAAGAAACACAGUACUCUCAUCUUCGAGUACUGCGGUUUCAGACAGCAUCGGAAGUGAAUUCAUGGGUACAUAGUUUGACUCGCGUCCGUUGCUAAGAUGAGUCACUGGUCUUGCGCAUCUGAGAAAUAUAUGAUGCGAUUGAUGAUUAUAGCAUUCUUAAGA